AUGGUGAAGGAGUUUGAGAUGACAGAUCUUGGUUUGAUGUCUUACUUUCUUGGUAUUGAAGUACAACAAACUGAGAGAGGAAUUUUUAUUAAUCAACAAAGUAGAAGAGAGAUUGAAAUUGACAAAGAUGGAUCAGGAGAGCUUGUGAAUUCAACAGACUUUAAAGGUCUUGUUGGAUGUUUAAGAUAUUUGACUGCUACAAGACCUGAUCUCAUGUAUGCAGUUGGGUUGGUUAGUAGGUUUAUGGAAUCUCCUAGACAAUCACAUUUACAAGCUGCAAAACGUAUUCUGAAGUAUGUAAAAGGAACAACAAGCAUGGGAAUUUUUUAUACUGUCUCAGAAGAUCCAAAGUUGGUUGGUUUCACUGAUAGUGAUUGGGCUGGAGAUACAGAAGGUUGUAUGGUUAAGAAUGAUGCUGAAGUCAUUGUUUCAAGAACAAACAACACCAACAACAAUAAUUUGUGA